CGUCCCCUGCCGCGCUGCCGAGUCACCGGGGUGGGAGGAGCAUGGGUAGGGGGCGGGGUGCAUGCCGGAGUGCGCAGGCGCAAUGCGACUCCCGAGGCGCGGGCCGCCCCCUUGGCUGGUUUGGAUCCGGGUCAGUCGGGCGCCGAGAUUCGGGAGAGACGCUCUGAACUGACUGCACCGCAUCACCGGAGCGCCCCAGCUGCGAGGCGUGUUAACAGGAACAUCGAUAAGUAGUGUAAAAACUUACACAAUGAAAUCCGAAGCCAAGGAUGGAGAGGAGGAGAGUCUACAGACUGCUUUCAAGAAAUUAAGAGUGGAUGCAUCAGGGUCCAUAGCAUCUCUGUCUGUUGGAGAAGGCACAGGUGUCAGAGCACCAGUCAGAACAGCAACAGAUGAUACCAAACCUAAAACCACAUGUGCAUCUAAAGACAGUUGGCACGGGUCUACAAGGAAGUCUUCACGAGGAGCAGUGAGAACUCAGCGUCGUCGACGUUCUAAGUCUCCUGUCCUUCAUCCUCCAAAGUUUAUACAUUGCAGUACAAUAGCAUCUUCUUCCAACAGUCAACUGAAGCACAAAAGCCAGACUGACUCACCUGAUGGCAGCAGUGGGCUGGGAAUUUCAACCCCGAAAGAGUUCAGUGCAGGAGAAAGCUCUACUUCUCUCGAUGCUAAUCACACAGGGGCAGUCGUUGAGCCUUUGAGAACUUCUGUUCCAAGGCUCCCAUCAGAGAGUAAGAAGGAAGACUCCUCUGACGCUACCCAAGUCUCCCAAGCAAGUCUCAAAGCCAGUGAUCUCUCUGACUUUCAAUCCGUUUCCAAGCUAAACCAGGGCAAGCCAUGCACAUGCAUAGGCAAGGAAUGCCAGUGUAAGAGAUGGCAUGAUAUGGAAGUGUAUUCCUUUUCAGGCCUGCAGAGUGUCCCUCCCUUGGCUCCAGAACGAAGAUCCACACUUGAGGACUACUCUCAGUCGCUGCAUGCCAGAACUCUCUCUGGCUCUCCCCGAUCCUGUUCUGAGCAAGCUCGAGUCUUUGUGGAUGAUGUGACCAUAGAGGACCUAUCAGGCUACAUGGAGUAUUACUUGUAUAUUCCCAAGAAAAUGUCCCACAUGGCAGAAAUGAUGUACACCUGAUAGCAAGAAGCUAAUUCAUAUGCUUUAAACCAAUGAAGGCUUGUCAAAGAGAUUUAGUUAAUGGCAGACCUUGUGGCCACUUUGUGUGAGAAGACAUCUCUUUCUGCUCACUGUGCUUGCAAUAAAAACUUUACUUGGCAUCUCAGUUAAUCUUCAUUCUUUAAACUUACUCUCUGAGUUCUUCCAUACACUUCAAGGCAAGCAGAUCAAAGAAAAAUUUAGAAAUGUUCCUGGGGGAUGAAGAAACUAUAAUUACUUGAGACUGGCAGCAGUGGGUAAAAGCCUUUGUAAAACAGUGCAUUUUUCAGAUUUGUUUAAGGUUUGGUGGCCAAGGAAAGUAAAAUGUGAUUUUGUAACUGCACUAAACAUUUGUCAUGCUGUAGUUGCCAGCCCAGAAUAUUAGAAGUUACAAGACUGAUUUAAACCAUCUCUGAUUUAAUGCAAGAUUUAUUGUGUCUAUAAAGAUUUCUCAUGUUAUUGUUAAGCCAGAGAUCUAAGGUUUAGAUUGAAUUUGAAUAAACUAGCUGGCCUGCCC